GCGGCUAACUUAACGCUCACCACUCUGUUAGCGCUUAUCCACAAGGACGUUGAAGCUUUUGGCCUCUUGAAAGGACAGACAGACACAAAUGAUCACAUGUCCAUGUUUAUCUUUUAUACCCGGAGCUAAAACAUCAUCUCUGAGAGCAGUUUUGUCACUAACUUCCCGUUCACGUGCUUGUAGCUAACGCAGCUAAUGCUAACCUGCUAGCAUGUGUCCUGUCAGGGAGCAGAGUUGAUCCAUGUGUCUGAAGUUAAAGUUAAAUCACAUGAGACGCAGCCACUCAUAAUAAAUGACAGUUUUGUGUGAUUCACGGCAGAAUGAGGACAUUUGUUUGUGUUAAAACCCAGCAGCUGGUCAGCAGAGUCUUCAGUCCAUCAGCAGCAGUGCGAUGGCGAGCAGCUCAGUCCAGAUUCCUCUGCAGCUCUCCACCAGACGAGAGGAAGUCCCAACCCUCCUUGCUGCGACACCUGACUUCCAAAUUAAAAGCCACAGGUCCGAUUACGGUGGCCGAGUACAUGAGGGAGGUGCUCACCAACCCUGUGGCGGGUUAUUAUGUGAGGAACAACAUGCUGGGUCCUGACGGAGAUUUUAUCACAUCACCAGAAAUCAGCCAGAUUUUCGGAGAGCUGCUCGGCGUUUGGAUCAUCAGUGAGUGGAUGGGAGCGGGUCGACCCAAACAGCUGCAGCUGGUCGAACUCGGACCUGGGAAAGGAUCGCUGGCCAGUGACGUCCUCAGAGUGUUCAGUCAGCUGCGCUCGGUUCUGGGGGAGACCUCGGUGUCGCUCCAUCUGGUGGAGGUGAGUCCGGCUCUGAGUCUGAUUCAGGCCCAGAAUCUCACCAGAGACUGCAGCCAGGAGGCCGUCAGCGAGGAUGAGCUGGUUUAUCGCAGAGGAACGACUGCAGCCGGACUGCCGGUGUUCUGGUACCGUCGCCUAGACGACGUCCCAGCAGGAUUCAGCAUCUGUGUUGCUCAUGAGUUCUUUGACGCUCUGCCCAUCCACAAAUUCCAGAGGACACAAAAAGGCUGGAGGGAGGUGAUGGUGGACAUUGACCCCGACAAGCCGGACAAGCUGAGGUUUGUUGUGGCUCCGUCUCCAACUAUGGCUUCAUCCACACUCAUACAGGCAGAUGAAAGGCGGGAUCACGUGGAGGUGUGUGCGGAGGGCGGCAGCGUCGUCCAGCAGCUCUCCAGGCGGAUCACGGAGGACGGAGGUGCAGCGCUGAUCGCAGACUACGGCCACGAUGGAACCAAGACGGACACGUUCAGAAGUUUUAAAGGCCACCAGCUGCACGACGUCCUGUCCAACCCCGGCUCGGCCGACCUCACCGCUGACGUGGAUUUCAGCUACCUGCGGAGGAAGGCGGGAGGAGGCGUGGCCUGUCUGGGCCCCGUCAGCCAGAGGACGUUCCUGAAGAACAUGGGCAUCGACACCCGGAUGCAGGUCAGUCUUCAUCACUGAUGGGUGGAGGUACAACGGCAACUACGAUAAUAAACAUCGUUUAUUUUCCUGUGUAUUAGUCAUUGAUUUA